GCGUCCUGUCUAAAACAAAAGACACUCGGUUUCCGGUCUUAUGAUGACGUAUUUUUUUGCACACGGUCUGGUCAAGGAGCGCGUGGUGUUGUGUGCAGAAUAGCCACCGAGAACGCGCUUACGUUUGAGUGUGGUGUGCGUGGAGCUCCGGAUGCAGGUAUGAUCGGACGGUGGCCACGCCUCCUGACAGUUACGUCACUGGCACUGCUGGUGGCGUGCUCCGUGGGGGCGGGACCGGAAUGCAGGUCCGUCACCAUUGAGACUGAUAGUCGCAUUGCAGAACAGGUUCAGCAGCGCCACCUGCAUGCACUGUUUGAGAAGUAUGGCCAAAACGGGAGUAUUUCCUUAGAGGGCUUGUUCGACCUGCUUAAGGGGGUGGGGCUAGGCCACAUCCGGAAAGUGAUGGUACAUCACCAUGGAAACACACACAAUCAUACACAUUCGCAUUCUCACGGACAUACCCAUGUGGACAAACUCACUACACACGCGCAAGCCGUUGCCAGCAAGAAGGUAGAGGGAGACCAUACUGUGGAGAAGAGUGAACCUGUCACAAAAGUGCAGCCUGAUCCCGCCCCUGGGAAGAAGAGCGAAUCGGAUGCGCACCACAAUCUCUACAUGAAGGUGAAUCAGGAACUGACCACACCUUUGACCACUCCGUCCGCUGCCACAAAAUCGCGACGAACUAAUCGUAGCGCUGACUAUGAUUUAACCCAGGACCAUGCUCCCUUUGCCGUCCAGCCAAACGUAACGCACACUAACCACACCCACCAGGCUGAAGAUGCACACACCCAUGUACACGAGGAUGACCAUGAUGAGCAUGAACACAUCCAUCUCAGUCUGGAGUGUCAAAACGCCUCCACAAUCCUGCAGUCGCAUGGCAUGAUAAAGGAAGCGGGUGUGUCUGUCAGUGACUUUGCUUACUUGUGUCCCGCCCUUCUCAUGCAAAUGGAUUCAAAGUCGUGCCUCGUGCACGACAAUGGCCAGUUAGAUCACACCAGUCAUCACAAUCAUCAUCAUCGCCACCACAGUCUACAUAAUCACACCAAUGGCAGAAGCCAAAGGAGUCCCUCUAUUACUGUUGCUUGGAUGGGAGGAUUUCUCUCCAUCACUUUAAUCAGCUUGCUGGCGCUAGUGGGUGUGGUUUUGAUUCCGCUGAUGAACAGAGUUUGCUUCAACUUCCUGCUAAGCUUCCUGGUGGCCCUUGCUGUGGGCACUCUCAGCGGAGAUGCGUUCCUGCAUCUCAUACCACAUUCACAGGGCCAUAACAUGCACAGCCACUCUGAGCAUCAUGACCAUGGAGAGGAGGGGGAAGAGGAUUCUCUUAGACCCGUGUGGACCGGACUGACCGCGCUGAGUGGGGUCUACAUUAUGUUCCUCAUCGAGCACUUUCUCACCCUUGGCAAAAUGUAUAAGGACAAAAAGCAGAAGAAGAGGGUUGAUCUCGCCGCCGAAGUUCUGGAAUCUGAGAAACAGCCAUCACUGGAAGACAAUGGCGUCAAAACACUCGAUGCUGCUGAAACGAAUGGGGGAAGUGCGUGUGCGCGGGGCUUGGCAGAAGAAGAAGAAGUAAUGUUGGGGGCGGAGCUCUACACCGACAUGGAUUGUGAAAACAAAUGCCACUCCCACUUUCAUGAUACUGUCGGCCAGUCAGACGAGCAGCAUCAUCAUCACCAUGACUAUCACCAUAUAUUGCAUCACCAUCAUUCCCAGAACCACCAUCCUCACACGCACACGCAUAGGCACACGCAGUCCUACUCACUUCAGCACUUCCAGCAGGCUGGCGUGGCUACUCUUGCUUGGAUGGUCAUCAUGGGGGAUGGACUUCAUAACUUCAGUGAUGGACUUGCCAUAGGAGCAGCUUUCACCGAAGGGUUGUCCAGUGGUCUUAGUACCUCAGUUGCUGUAUUCUGUCAUGAACUUCCACAUGAGCUGGGUGAUUUUGCGGUCUUGCUGAAAGCGGGUAUGUCGGUACGACAGGCCAUUCUCUACAAUUUGCUGUCGGCCCUGAUGGGAUAUCUGGGGAUGAUCACAGGCAUUCUGAUUGGUCAUUACGCAGAAAACGUGUCCAUGUGGAUCUUCGCUCUGACGGCUGGACUUUUUUUGUAUGUCGCCCUUGUAGACAUGGUACCUGAAAUGUUACACAAUGACGCGGGUGAAGCAGGCUUCAGCCAUUAUGGUUUCUUCCUCCUGCAAAAUGCUGGAAUUCUCCUGGGCUUUGGAAUCAUGCUGGUCAUUGCAAUAUUUGAGCACAAGAUACAACUGGACAUUGGCUUCUGACGUUACAACGGCAUCUAAAUAUGAAAUCUCAUCUAGUCUUAAACAGGUGAAGGCAGCUUGAAAUGCACCAUCAGUUACUCUCUCGCUUGUGGGCAAAUAAUACAGUAUUUAUAGGAUUGACUGUUACAGUUUCAGUUUAAAGAAAUGUGCCACAUUGAGAAUGUGUUUUUGUUAUGUUUUUUUGUUAUACGGUGCUGUACAGUGGUUGGUGAAAUGAGUGUUGCUUUGAUCAUUUUGCACAUGUUGCCAAUCCAACAUUCCAGUAAAAACAUAUGAGUGUUUCAACAGA